AUGUUCUAUCAAGGCGACUUACAGAGUGGCAUUGCCACUGCUAUGCGCGAAGCAAAGCCCGUCGUUUGUUUCAUUCGUGAUGACCAAGAAGAGAGCACAACAUGGGAAGAUGAGUAUUUUGAUAAUGACGAGCUACGUCAAUUGCUCACAAGCAGCUCGGUCACUCUGCGUCUCAUAGCCGGUUCCCAAGAAGCGGGUUUUCUUACUUCGAUAUGCCCUAUUCAGACAUUUCCCGCAGUCAUAGUAAUAAGGAAUGGGAUGUUGCAGGAAUACCUUGUCGCGGGGACGGCCAAGGAUGCAUUUCAGACGAGGUUGAAGACGGCGAUUGCAGCGAACACUGCAGCUGUUGAGACUACUCCACUGGUAGCUUCGUCGGAUACUACACAUACCACUGAGUCACAAGCACCACCACAGACUAUUCGGGAGCCUGUGCAGCCGCGGGCACCUGUCGCGCCCACAACUCCCCAGCCUCAAGCGCAAACACAACAGGAGCCUAUGCGAAUACCACCCGUUUCUCAAUUCCCAACUUCGCAACCAACUCAUACCACGACAGGAGCAUCGGAUAGAGAAAACAUACGUGCCGGAAAACGACCCGAAACCUACGAAACCCCCGAACAAAAGAAAGCCCUCCAAGAAGAAAAAGAGCGUCGGGCACUGCAAUCUAAGAUCCAACGAGAGCAAAAGGAACAAAAAGAAGAACGAGAACGCAUCCGCAACCAGAUAAAAAAAGACCAAGAAGCGCGAAGGCAGCGUGCAGACGAGGAGAAGAACAUUUCCAAUGCAACCUCUUCCUCGAGAACCUCUAGGACAAACAAACAGCCAACAGAAUACCGCCUUCAGAUACGUCUCUUUGACGGACGGUCCGUUCGCAAUAGUUUCCCACCAUCGGCAACGAUCCGGAAAGACGUCCGUCCGUGGCUUGAGAAUCAACGGUCAGAUGGUGCCGAGCCGUAUAAUCUCAAGCACAUCCUGACUCCUCUUCCGAAUCGUACCAUCUCCGUCGCAGAGGAGGAACGGACGCUAGAAGAGCUUGAGCUAGGACCAACGGCUAGUCUUGUCAUGGUUCCGGUGCCGUCGUAUAUUGAGGCUUAUGCUCCGUCAGGGAUUGUGAAUAGUCUUCCAGGUCGAGUUGUAUCGUCGGGUUAUGGCCUUGUCUCUGGCGUAGUAGGUGGCGUAACUGGUCUGGUUGGGAGUUUUUUGGGGUAUGGUGGUACUGCCACGCAAACAACAGCCACAACAUGGAGUUCGAAUAAUCAACAGCCUGCGGAUCCGACAACGGCAUCAACUACGAGGGCGAGAAGUGGCCAGGGCAUCAAUAUCCGAACGAUACAUGAUCAAAGGAAUGAGCGGGAUCAGAAUGAGUUUUAUAAUGGCAAUACUUUGAACUUUGAGCCGAGGCGAGGCGACGACUCGAAAGACAAAUGA